UUCCAAGCCUGCCAGAUUCAGCAUGGGCGUUCGACCACAUGCACAGACUGCCAAGACCAGAACGCUUCACGAACGAGACUCCGAGAGACAUAAUUGUAAAAUGUCAUUAUUAUGUUCACAAAGAAGCACUAAUGGCAGCAGCUAGGAAGACCGCCACAAUUCCGGAACCUCACCAGCGCAUAUCCUUAUACGCCGACUUAUCAGCGGCCACAAUGACUAGACGCAAAGAAUUUGCUAAUGAAACGGCCACCCUUCGCGCCACUAACGUAACAUACAAAUGGGGCUACCCAAUCAAGCAAUAA